AUGUUUUCAUAUCUGAUAGACACCGAUUACCCAUACGACCAAAAUCCCUAUUUUAAUAAUCGUCGUCGUCGUUACUAUAAUCCUCAUCAAUCCUACGCAUACUCGUAUCCAUGUUACACACAUCCUUUACAGUUUUCAAAUUUCCACACUCCUCAAAAUCGACAUUUUCGUGAGUCAUACUAUGACCCAGAAAAUAUAGUCAAUUUAGUCUCCGGUCUUAACCAAAAUCAUGAAGAAAAAAACCACCACGAUAAGGAGCAAAAAAGAAAUGGAUAUAGAAAAAUAAAAAUUCUCGCUGCCAAACAACAAGCUGCCAAAAAAAUAUAUAACUUCCUAAAACAUCAACCUUCGACACAUAGAACUCGAAAAAUCCUUGUAAGGCUCUUACAUCUCCGAAAUUUGCAAAACCUACUCAAUUCCUUGAGUUCUCAAAACCAAAAUUUCGGACCGCUUACUUUUACGAAUAAAGAUGCAGGAAAACAAAUAUUGCCAAUUUCAAAAAACAAUAAGAUGCUUCUUAUACAAGAAGACUCCAUAUUGAAAAUCCUUGAUCAAUUGGAUAAAGUGCAAAGUGAAGGAAAUGAGAUUGUUCGGGAUAGAAGAAAAGAAAUUGUUAAAAUUGCCCAAAAAAUGUUGGAAGAAUUGGAUGCUGAAAAAGAUAGACAGUGGAAAUUGUUUUGCGAUGAGUUAGAAAAUAAUGAAAGCGUUGUAAAUGAGAAUAGUGAAAGCAUUGAAAACGAGAAUAACGAAAGUAUUGAAAACGAGAAUAGCGAAA